CGGCGACGGCGGCGGGGGGAGCGCGAGCGCAGGUGACAGGUUGUCGUUGGCGGCGGGGAGGCGAUAUGGAGCAGGCCUUGGGCCUCAGGGCAGUGAGAGGGGGCGGGCUGUCCAUCACUUCACACUCCGUGUCGCCGUCCUUGCGGUGAGGAAGCGGCACCAGGUCUGGUAUCUUUCUUUUCCACGAGCAACUGAAGCGGUAGGAAUCACAGGAACUGGAGGAGAUAAAACUGGUUUGGACUGGGGCACACCUGCAUUGUGGUAUGCAUUGGAAACUGAAUUGGGAACAAGUGCACAAGAAUGAUCUGUGGAGGAAACUGAGGCAAUCAUACUUCUGUGGAAUUGUAUGAUCUUGGAGUCGUGGUUAAACGGAGGGAGAAUGAACCAGGGUUAUUUGUGACGAUCAACCUGUGUUAUAUCAAUGGGAACACAAGGUUACAGCCCACUGUCAUGUGAAAAGGUUAUGUGAAGGCAAACAGAAAAUUUGUUGCACAGUGAUUAGAGGUCCCCAAUUCAAUAUGCCUCAAAAUGCAAAUGAUAGGCAGGCUACAUCCAGUCAAAGUUGUUUAUAUAUCCCAAAGCGUACUUGCUAAUUGAGAAGGUUAAUUGCAAGUUUGUAAACAUGGUUCUACGUGAAUCUCCAUUCCCGAAUGCCUGUGUUCAUGGACUGCAUUCUGUGGCUUGGGCCUUGAUCUUUCCCUGUUUCUGGUCCCUGGAUCAUAUGAUUGCAAUCUGUGUGCCAACUACUCGCGAGACACGUCAAAAGCAAGAGCAGGAAUGCUACCUCUAUCCCAUGAAGGUUUUUUUUGGUGUUCUUUUCUGUCUGACUCUCUUAGUAAUCUGCAUGCCAUUAGCACUGCUUGGGUUUAUUGUCUGGGCUCCUUUGCAGGCAGUAAGAAGGCCUUUCAGUUAUUCAGUUAUUGAAGAUCCAAUGGGAGAUGCUCGGAAGCAAUGGACGGGAUAUGGAGAAGGAAUGGGAUUUGGUUUUCUUGAAGCAAACUUAUGCUUUCUGCCGAACUGCCUGGCCCGAUUUAACAAUCUGGCUAGGACCCAAAGGAGGGCUGCUCAGAUUGCCACCCACAUCUGCGCUUCUGUUGAUCGGCCAAGGAUUACAGUGUGUGUGGACUCUCCAACAAGCAUGUCCAUCAGCUCGCAGAGCAGAAGGAGCUCAUUGGCACCAGUCAAGGUAGCGUUCAACUCUCUCAGCGUGAAUGAGGCACAGGCGCCUGGAGGGUUUCUUCCAGUCAUGAACAGCCUCCACUAUAUCGACAGCUCUGAGGAGAACAGUGAAGUUGAGAACUUUCCUGCAAAUAUAAGUGCAAGUCAAACCGGCGAGCAUCCAUCAGAACCUGCAGCAGUGGGAGACAGCCAGCCAGCAGAAAUCACAGAAGUGGUGUCAAAUGAGCAGCACAGCAAAUGCCCUGCUCCAUCUCCUACCCUGGGAAAAUGCCACUGUAGAACUCGGGCAAAACAGAAUAAGAAAGAAGACCUGGUAGCAGAAAUCUCUCCGAUCUUCCCUGCUGACAUGGCCUUCGUCUGCCUCCUGGAGGUGUUUGAGAAGCGGGCAGCGGCCAAGCUGAAGCAGCUCCUUCAGCCGGCCUUCGGGCACGUUCUCUACGAUGUCGGUGUCUACGGCUUCCAUAGCUGCUGCGAGUUUAAAUUCCUCAACAGUGGGAUCUUCUUUGCUAGCCGCUACCCCAUCCUCGACGCUAAGUAUUACUGCUUUCCCAGGGCCCGGGGAGAAGAUGCCCUGGCUGCAAAAGGUCUCCUGUGCGUUAAGAUCCAAGUUGGAUUGACCCCAAAUGACCUUCGGAUUGUGGGAUAUGUCAGCUGCACUCACCUACAUGCCACAGCAGAGGACAACCACAUCCGCCAAAAUCAGCUCAGCCAUAUCGUGGAUUGGAUCAGUGAGUUCAUGACAGCAACAGGAUGCAAGGAUGAGAUGGUUGUGUUCGAUGUUCUUUGUGGGGAUUUCAACUUCGAUAACUCCUCAAUGGAGGAUCAUUUGGAACAGCAGCAUCAAAUCCUCAAACUGUAUAAAGAUCCUUGCUGCAUUGCGCCAGGUAAAGAGAAGCCUGGAGUUGUAGGUACUCUGUUAGAACAAAGAACGAUGUAUGAAGAGCAAGUGAUCAGCCCUGAGAAUUUGCAGCGGGCCUUGGAAAUUGAUGAGUUGAGGAAACAGUACCUGGCAUUCCCGAUUAACUGCGUCAUUGACACCGACAGUCCAGAGGCCUCAACUGUCGGAGGGGGACGCAGGAUUGAUUACUUGCUGUAUCGGGAAGAUACUGUUGCACAGGAAGUGACAACUGAACUGGAUGAGUUUACUUUUAUUACCCAGCUGGCUGGAAUGACUGAUCACCUUCCAAUCGCAAUGAGACUCUUCAUUUCCAUGGCAUCAGAGGAUGACCCCGUUGAUGAAUUUUGACCUACAGUAUCUCCCACCCCCAAUAAGUGCCAAAGAACUUCAAGAUGUGUCAAAACUAUCGUUAAAGGAUGUUUUUUAAAUGCAUAAAUUAUGAAUACAAAUCAUGACAUUUGACGUCUGAACAAACUAGGGGUGUUUGCUGUCCUUUAUGCCUAUUGUGCUGGAAAUUAGACCAUGGUUCUGAAGAAUGUGCACUUUAAAUGUUGGACGUUGGAAUCUAGAGCUGUUGGAGGUCAGGCCCAAUAUAAACUCUCAACCUUGGCUGCAAAGUCCUGUGACUGGCUGUUUGGAAUCUAGAGCUGUAGGUCCAGUCCAGCAUGAACUCUCCACCUUGGCGGCAAAGUCCUCUGCUUUUUUGUUCUUUUCCCACACAUCAUUUCCUCAGGAUGCCAAUGUGAUAGUUAUUAAUUUAUUGCCAAAUGUCUGGUUUGUAUGCUGCUGUGUCCAGUCCCCUCAAUUUCUAUUUCCACUUCAAUACCUGCAAGCAAGAAAACCCAGACCAACGACUAUUUGGGUCAAGACUCUUCUGAUCCGAUUUGAACAGUGUUCCAGACAGUUGCUGAUUUGGGUUGAAUGUAUUACAGAAGAUUCCAUCGCACUAGAUUUCUGUCUUUACUCCCGUUCAGCUAUACUUUCAUAACUAAUAAAUGAAAAAGUAAGGCAUCUGCUAGCCUAUUCUUG